CUCGAGCAUGUCUCUGAUCGCAGCUUAAUCCAACAGAGCUCGUCUGCCACCCUAGUUGAGGCUAGAGAUCGAGUCUAGUGUUCUAAAGCUUCGUGGAGCACUUCUUUUGCGUAUAGACGCUUGGAGCCUGAGUCAGUCGCGCUCUUAAGCUUCAUAGACAACACAGUCGUCGUAUGCCAAGAAGUCUUCCUGAGCUCUGAAUACAAACACAAUCGUCUGCUUCUCAAGCUCGAGCGCUCAAGAUCAGCAAGAGUGUCAAGUGAGCCAACCAGACAUGAGUGCACAGGCAGUCCCGACUGAUGCAGCGCUAGCGUUGGUUGCAUCGCUACAGACGCGCAAGCAAGGGUUGGCUGAUCGACUGCAUACAAGUCUGUUGUCUGUCCUUCGUACGACUGCAGCUGGACACGUCCCUUCAAUCACGUUGACAAGAGCUUCCAAGGAAGAGACAUACUUUGAUCACGCCACCCAGUCUGUCCGACUUCGUACGGAGCGCCAGCAACGCGUCCUUACAUUUGGCAAAAAAGAGGCAUUCAGUACGAGCCCUCAAGCAAGACGCAUCUGACAAGUCUAGCACAGGUGAUCUGUCUACUGGUGAGCGUCUACGAAGGACUCGUACGCGAUGUCAAAAGUACAAAGCGUGACCUGUACUACAGGAACGUGGCGCUCUUCAAGUCACAGAGCGUUGUGGAUCGUCUCCUGAGCCAGCUCGAACUGACUUAUGAGUGCGAGCGACAUGAGUUCAACGUCGUGGCAUCUGCCAAAGGACUUUUGUUUGGUCCAGCAGCAAUCACAAUGACAGAUGGGCAGGUCCUCGAUCUCUCAAGCCAAGCGCGCAACAUUACUGAUGUCGAACAUUAUGCUGCAAUUGACUUGUCGAACAUCGAGACGGUACUUGUGGUGGAAAAAGACGCCGUCUUUCAGACACUGUGCCAAUCAGUGAGCGCAGCGCCUGCCAGCCAUCCUUGCAAGAACUGGCUCCUCCUGACUGCCAAAGGCUGUA